AACUUGAGGUGGGGCCAUUUGCCUGUAAAAAAACUGCUCACUGCAGAAGAUACAAGAUAGGGCAUUUUACUUUAUUGAAUCCGCUCCUAUUAGGGAUCAGAUACUGUAGAAACUAUCUAGUGUACCAACACCAAAACUAUCUGCUGGUUAAGAGAUUUAAUGUUAAAGUGCCAAGAGAACACUAAAGGAAACACAACAGUUGUAUCCAAUCCUUCUUCAUUGUACACCUCAAUACUGAUAAGAAAAACAGGAUACAAAUUUUACGUCAAAGAUUUUUUAUAAAUAAAUUUAAAAUGCAUAUGCAGAUUAAUAAAUGUCGUUAAGCUGUUUGUUUAGACCGAUGAAUAGCUUGACUCAGCCCAUGAUUAGCCUGAGUCAGCUUAACACGCCGUUAACCAAAUCUAUUAUGGGUACCUACACAAACAUUAAUUACGCAAGCAACGAUAUGAAUAAACAAGAAGAAAAAACAAAUCUCUAUGCGAAAAGCAUGUGCUGCAGUGCUAUAUUAAACGCGCUGGCAUGAAUGAAAAAUCCCAACAGAUACCAUCCGCACGACUAAACGUUGAGAUGGUUAUCGCAUAUGACCGAGCCAUAAUGGUGCACAAGAUUUUAGAGGAAAUGUGUCUAGAUAAUCCUAAUGAAAAGUUAAGUGAGGAAAAAUCAGGUCUCAAAAAAUGAAACUCGUAGAAUAAACGACUUGCAAAUUCAAAGACCACGGUUGGAAACUUAAAAAAAGGUUUUUCAUAUGUCGGUGCAAAGGUCUGGAAUGAUACCCCAAACGACAUAAGAAAUAUGGAAACCUUUUCAAACCAAAAAUGAAAACCUACCUCUAAUAAAGUAAAAUCAAUAUAGAAAUAAGAAAAUGACCUCCUGGUAGACCAGUUUUUAUAUUUGCCUUAUUUUGUUUUGUAUGCAAAUACUCUUUUAUAUCUAAAUACUAUUUUUUGUUACUGAAGGAGUAUCAUGUUUAUAUAAAGUAUUUGAAAUAUGAAAUAUAUUUGGUCUUGAAAUUGCAAAAUACUACAUAUAACUCACAGAAACAAGCAUCAAAUUGAACCUUUUCACGUAAAACAUGUCUCGAUCUUCUAAAUUCUUAUCGGACUCCCCAUCCCUACUUAGAUUUGUUUGCGCUGUCCCUGACUUUGUGUCAGCGACUUUCAUUCUGAGACCAACAGAUACGGUAAAGAGGCUUAAAAACACCUAGAAACAGAGUCGCUAGGGAUGUUUGAAAAUGCCAUUAAUUCUCAAUUAAUAGGUCGUACAUCAUUGUUCGCUGUUCUUUACUCAUCCUCGAUGAAUUCAAGAUACUGCAAAGAAAAGACAACUAAACCACAGAAUUGUUCUAGACUUGAAUAUACAGUCUUACUCUUUGUGUUGACUACUGCUCUGUUCCUGAUCAACCGCAAAAGUAUCACAGCCUUGGUUACUUUAGUGCGUUAACACGGCAAAAUGUCUGCUAAUGGAACAACUGUUUCUACAUGGCCCUACGAGCCAAUUGAUAUUAAUCAGGGUAUAAUACUUUUUCUUCUGGCGUUUGCUGGGGUGGUUGCAAAUGUUGUUGCAUUCUGUGCAACACUGCAGCUCCCUAGAGCUCUGCAGUCAUCGAUUAAUACAUUUGUACUCGCGUUGUCUUCAGUGGAUCUUCUAUGCCUUGUCCUGGCACCGUUACCAACAUUCAUAUGCUACGUCACGCGGUCCUGGGUUGGUGGACAACACAUGUGCAAGUUUCAAGGCUGCAUAUCAAUUUUUGCAGCUUUUGCGUCAGGUUGCUUUGCCACCGCAAUGGCCAUCGAUCGUCACGCGGCAGUUUGUAGGCCGUUUGCUUACAAGAAUUUUCUCACGCAGAGGUGGCCUUUGCGUGUAACCAUCUCUAUUUUGCUUGGUUCUUUAAUUAUUGCAGUAUUGCCAUUGAUUGGGUUUGGUGACUUUGUACGAAAUCUUACUGGAACAUAUUGUGGUUUAGACUGGUUUGCUUCAGCUCCACUUAGCAGGACUUACGCAAUCAUGUUUGCCUGCAUGGGAAUUUCUCUGAUUCUUGCUGUGGUUUUCGCUAAUACGAGCAUUGCAGUCAAAGUUUGCCAACGGACCAGAAAGAACUCUUUUCACAGAACGCAAGAGAAUUCCCCUGAAAAAAAGUUAACGAGGACAGUCGUGGUUGUUUCUGUACUUUUUGUAAUCUGCUGGCUUCCUUAUAUGGUUCGUAUCAUAUGCAAUCAAGCUGGGUGGUGGAGAGAUCCUUGGGUUGACGUUCAAGUAUCAAGAUUGAUGUUACUCAACUUCGCACUCGACCCAUUUCUAUACACAUUAUCGAGAGCUCAGUGCAGAAAGAUUGUUGGAGGAUGGUUGGGUUAUUGUUGCACACCUUGUAUGAAUGCCCUUAAGAAAACAGGAGACGUCAAAAGAAGCACGCAGGAUUCUUCGACAGUACCUCCAUUUACGGUUAGCAAUAACGAGGCCUAUCAAUGCACAGAGACAAGCCUCACAGAUCUAUCAAGAUGACAGUCAUCAAGAGAUUCUAUCGAUUGUGACUCAGAUAUUCUGUAAUUCUAGCGACUGUGACUCAGAACCUUCGUGUAUAUUCUGUAAUUACUGAAAGUCUUUAAGGCAGUCGUCACUCUGAAAAGGGUUUUCUCAGUAUGGUAGCAUACAGUAAGUAUUUAGAAAGGCUUUCUAAAACUAGUUACAAUUAUUUGAGUAUGAUUAUGCUGUGAUUACGCAAAUACCCCAUCGUGCAACGAAAAGUCAACGAGGGAAAUUAAUAAUUGUAGUAACUAUGAGUGUAACGUUUAAGGGGGGGGGGCUUGCUUAGUAUGGGUCUUACUCGAAUU